GUUAAAGAUGGCUCUUUUUGUAGUCUUGUUGAAAUUGUCCAAAAUACUAAGAAAUCUGAGCUUGACUCCAAUGUUGACAUGCAACUCUGGUAUUUCAAUGGUGGAUUUAUUACGAACAAAAGAACUGGCCUUGUGCUUGACGUCGUCGGAGGGAAAUUUGAGAAAUAUACGAAUAUUGUUCAAGACCAAAAGCAUGCUGAACCUUCUCGCGGUCAAGAAUGGGUAUACAAUUAUGCAGACAAUUCUAUCAGUUUGAAAUUUAAUCGUAAUUUUGUUCUUGAUGUUGCGGCGGCGAAGACUGAUAAUAAUACUAACAUUCAAUUGUGGGAAAAGCAUGGUGGCAAGAAUCAACAAUUCAAUUUGCAA